AUGUCACCUCUCCACCCAGUCUUCACCAACCUGAACGGCGACAGCUCCUGGCUGAUCUCACUGCCCCAGCCUGCGGGCGGGUACUUCCACCUCUUGCUCGACCCAUGGCUCGGCGGACCGGCCAUCAUCACCUCAUCCUGGCUCAGCCAUAUCACGCACAUCGAACAGGAGAAGUUCCAGAGCAUCGCGCAAGUCGAGCAACUAGCACGAGAUAUCUCCGCACCCAGUGGGACGGAGAGCCGCAUCGACGCCGUGAUCGUCUCCCAUCCCUUCAGCGACCAAACCCACAAAGACACACUGAUCCAGCUUGCAUCCACCGUUCCAGUGUAUGCUACCCGCGAGGCCGCCGCGGUCGUCCGGUCGUGGGGUUAUUUCGACACGGUAGUAGAUAUCCCCGACUACGAGCCAACCACGCCGUGGCUGGAUGAGGAGCUUGCACCAAUGCCGUCGUGGCUUCACCUCUUGCGCAUCCCCACCGGCGAGCCACAUCCCGCUCUCCAUUACGGGAUCGUGAUCGCUUAUACCACUCCGAGAAAAACGACGGAGGCCGUCAUCUAUUCACCCCACGGCAUCGAACCGCCAUUCGUGCAACCGCUGGUCGAGGAAGCAUCGUUCACAACGCUCGCGCUGCUGCACGGGAUCGACGACCAGAGCACACUCGGUGUGCCGCAGCUGGGUGUGGAGAACGGGCUGCGGCUCGAGGCACUGACGGGCGCGCGGUACUGGCUGCGGACCCAUAGCCCCCUCCUCGAUUUCCGGGGUUUGGUCGGGUGGUUCUAUCGGAGUGUUCCGCGUACUCUGGACGACGGCCUGGAGCAGGCGGAACGAGAGAUGGGGUAUAAGCGGGCGAGGCCGAAUUAUGUGGAGGUGGCGAAUGGGGAGAGUGUGGUUCUGAAGUGA